AUGCCGUGUGCACCCCAAUAUAACGACUCCUUUAGUCUCACCAGGACAGCCAGAAACCGUGUCCAGAACCUGCUAAUGGAAUAUAAGGAGCACAAGUUGGGAAACAAGGAUUACGAGAACAGAGGUCUGCACUUAAAGAACCUGCCAUUACUUUCUACAGAUUUCUACCACUGGCGACAACUGACGGACUGGGACAGAUUGCAUGCUGCUCUCUGUGAUAUACAAGCUUAUUGGAACAUGCUGGAGUGGAAGAAAAAGCAGCUGGUGGAGGACGAGAAAAAGAACGAGGUCACCGCUAUACCUCAAAGCAUCAACAACAUUCAAGUGGACCUAAGGGACCUGAUGAAUAAAGUCAAAAAUCAGAUGAAUAAAAUAAAUAACUCUUGGAAGAGCCCAACUUCCAACACACUGGACCUAGAAACCAUCUCCAAAACAAAAUUUGACAGCAGAGUGGAGGGUUACAUCAUCCUGAGGGAUCUGAACCUUUACCUCACCAAGCUGGCAAGAGACUUCCUCCUACUGGCUUCAAAAACACGUCUGCCUCAAUACUGA